CCGUCUGAUUCAUUUGGCAGGGUUUUGAAUGAUCUGGGUAGCAAACCCAAUCGUUCGCAUCCGCCACUGUCCUGUUGUCCUACGUUCAGUCGGCUUUCUCAUGGCUGACCAUAUCCCAUCGUGAACUCUCUGAAUUAAAAAUGGCGAUUCGUUUUCCCAGUGCAUUAUGACAGGAUCUUGCAUGCCCACAUGUCCUUCGGUGAACAUUGCAGACAAUGCUGCCCAAGCUGCCAAUACGGGUCAUCAUUGCUGUCACGAGCAUCGUUCUGAUAUGUGUGGUCCUAAAUCUGUUAUGUCGCUCGCCCUAUUCCCGGGACAAGGAGCUCGUCGACCUUUUGGAACCUCCGGUCAAAUCCAUCUCGAACACCAUUCAACGCGACGCUUACACGCAUGACCAGUCGAUUUAUCAAGUGCAGAAUGAGACCUUGGGUUUCCAAGAGGUGUACAUGAUCUCCUUGCCAUCCCGGACAGACAAGAGGGACGCUUUUGCAAUGCAGGCUGCGCUAUCGGGCAUUACAUAUAGCCAAAUCGACGGCGUGGAUGGACGUGAAGUGCCAGGCAGGGCUCUUCCUCAUACCAUGGACCAAUCCGCGCCCGUGGUCGGUUGCUGGCGUGCGCAUCUCAACGUUCUGCAGAAGAUGGUGAACGAGAAAGUGGCGACUGCUCUGAUCUUUGAGGACGAUGCUGACUGGGACGUCUCGUUCAAGCAACAGCUGGUUCAGUUUGCGCGGGGUUCAAGGUACAUCUCACAGACAGCCGAAAACGACGUCCCAAAAUCGCCUUAUGGUGACAACUGGGACAUACUUUGGUUAGGACAUUGCGGAACGUGGGUUCUCGCUGAAGACAAGCAUCGAUUCUUUGUGAUUCCAGAUGAUCCAACCGUGGAGCCACCUCAGUAUCGUUGUAACGUUGUCAGCCCGGACAUGUCUUAUUGGGAGGGUCCAGAUGGUGACAACACAACGAGGAUUGUGUUCAACUCUGGUGGUGCAGUGUGUACAGCUGGCUAUGCGGUUUCGCAGCAAGGAGCCCGGAAGAUCCUCUAUCAUAUGAGCAUGGUGCCAUUCAACAACGCAAUCGACUGGGGAUAUGCAGAGCUAUGCAAGGACAAGAGGUACAACUUCAGUUGUGUCUCUGUCUUCCCGCAGCUCAUCGGUGUUUCUCGACCGACGGGAAACAGUAGUAAAUGGAGUGACAUUGGAUACGGGGAUGAAUCGACAAGGACUGUCCGGUCUGCUCAUUCGCAAUAUUUGGUGUACUCGACACGAUUGAACAUCGCAAACUUGUUGGAAGGGAGGACGGUUUUCGACAGUCAGUAUCCUACACUGCCUCGACUGGAUAUCAGUGAUAUUGGAUCUGCCAGUGGCCACGUAGAAGUUCUGGACGGAGGAGGAUGAUCGAAAUGUGUAAUCUAUCUGGCAAGCCGGUUUGUGGGGAAAAAGGCAUUGUCAGACCGCUGUUCUCCUGAGAUUCAAUGUUCCUUGUUGUCAUUCCGAAGUCCUUUGUA